ACUACUUCACCUUUGUCUUUGCCGGUGUCUACUUCUGACAGCAGGUAGAAGCAUUCGCAUAACUGCUUGCUUCUGUUUGCAAUAACUCACUCAGCAGGAUCUCGCGAGAUCGGCGGCGUGGCUGGCUGGCUGUGGGGGUUGCAGCAGGCAGGCUGAGGGAGAGAAGGCAGGCAGGCAGCAUCAUGGCGGACAGAGACAGUGGAAGCGAGCAAGGAGGAGCACCUACGGGCCAGGGCGCCGGCUCAUUACACCCAGCUACGGGCGGGGUGGGUUCGGCUUCCGGGCUGCAGCAUGAGACGCAAGAGCUCGCCUCCAAGCGGGUCGACAUCCAGAACAAGCGUUUCUACCUGGACGUGAAGCAGAAUGCGAAGGGCCGCUUCCUGAAGAUAGCCGAGGUCGGGGCCGGGGGCAACAAGAGCCGCCUGACUCUCUCCAUGUCUGUGGCCGUGGAGUUCCGCGACUACUUGGGAGACUUCAUCGAGCACUACGCCCAAUUAGGACCCAGCAACCCAGACAUGGUCCAGGACGAACCCCGACGGGCGCUGAAGAGCGAGUUCCUGGUGCGGGAGAAUCGGAAAUACUACAUGGACCUGAAAGAGAACCAGAGAGGCCGGUUUCUGAGGAUCCGCCAGACCGUGAACCGGGGCCCGGGUUUGGGCUCCUCGCAGGGCCAAACCAUCGCCCUCCCCGCACAGGGACUCAUUGAGUUUCGCGAUGCCUUGGCCAAGCUCAUCGACGAUUACGGGGUGGAAGAAGAGCCCGCCGAGUUGCCCGAGGGCACCUCCUUGACUGUUGACAACAAGCGCUUCUUUUUUGAUGUGGGUUCUAACAAGUACGGGGUGUUUAUGCGGGUGAGCGAGGUAAAGCCCACCUACCGUAACUCCAUCACCGUCCCCUACAAAGUGUGGGCCAAAUUCGGGAACACUUUCUGUAAAUACGCGGAGGAGAUGAAAAAGAUACAGGAGAAGCAGAGAGAGAAAAGGGCAUCGGAGCUGCUGCAGCAGCAAGAGGAGGUCCACGGGGACGACGGGGACGAAGAUUGAUACCUGUAGUGCGGAAAGAAGUACACAAAAUAACAAGAGAAACGAAUAAUUAAAAAAAAUAUAUAUACUUUACUGUAAAGAAAAUUAAAACUGUAACUGUUUAACUCCAAGGGCGCACCACCCACCCAAAUUCCACAAACUGACAGUUUGACAUGUUGACUUGUCACCCAUCGCUGGAUGUUUCCACUUAUCCACCAAUUAAACAGUAAGCAGCUGCUAAAAACAAAGUAAUAACAUUAUAUAUGAACUGUGUUUCCUACUUGAUUAAAAUUAGAAGAACUGGGUGUUUAUUUCCCUAAUUAACCGAGAAGUUUUGUACACGUUCAAGCUAUUAAAAAAAAAAAAAAAAAAAAAAAAAAAAGUGUUUGCAAUGGUCAGAUUAUAAUAUUCCUGAAUUCUAGCAGAAGAAAGUCCUUUUCAUGUGAGCUAACAUUUGACUUCAGCACAAAAGAGAUAUUUUAGAACACGUAAAUAAUAUAUAUAUUUUUUUUUUUCUCCAUUUUGUUACCAAAUUUCAAACUUUAAAUGGAGGUUAUUGUAGUACAUUUGACACCUAUAUACCUGUGAUUAGAGAUGUGUGUAUAUACGAGGGCUAGGCAUGCUGUGUGUCUGAGCUUUAAGUGUUAUGCAAAAGUCUGUUGAGUAAGGUACAUAGGUUUAAUUCAUGCAAGGUAAACUAUAAGAGCUCUCGUUUAUACAAUAUGCAUUGCAUCUGGACCAUAAGCAUAUAAAACUGGUCAGUGGAACUUCUGUGAACAUGAAGAAUUAUAUAACAAAACAAACAAAAAAAAACAUUUAAAUGAAAAAUGCUAAGUUGUUUUGAUUUUUAAGUUUUAAUGAAACGAUUAUAAAUAGCAGAGCAAGUUAUACAUUCGUCUAAGGCUGUUUGUCAUUACAUGUGAUCUCUCAAUGUACCUGUGUAACCCUAACUGUUUCAAUAUCUCAAGAGUACAGUAACUGCAUGCAGCAGUUUCUUAAGGAGGUGUAUUUUAUCAUAUCAACCUGCUAUUAGGGCUGUGCAAAAACAUGGUAAACCAUAUAACAUUUAAACAAAACAGUGAAAAAUACACAUGAUUUUGUGAAUCAGAAGUAUUAAAACAAACGACAUGCCUACGUUUUAAGUGGGUGUAUUGAAGUAAAUAAAGCUAAAAUCCAACACAAAAAAAUAGAAACAUUCAGCUACUUGUAGGUAAAGUUAACUGCUGCAUGUACACUGUACACAAAGCAUCGUUUGGAGAUUAGACAACCUGGUGCCUUAUAUAGUGUACAUGUUUAUAUGCCGGUUCAGUCCUUUGGAAAUCUGUGGUUUAUGGGGCAUUGUUUGUCACGGCAAAUAUAGUGGUUAACUACUGGAUAUUUUAAAACCCAAAGUAAGAUUGACUUUGUCAGUCACUUGAGUGAGUACACCUGAAUUCUCUCAUAGGCUUUCAAGGGAACCACCUUCAUGUAAACAUGGAAAAUGUCACCUGCAAGGAGAGGAGGUAUGCUAUGCUUAACUGAGGUUCGACAGGAAAAGAUCUGGCCAGUUUUAAGGUAGACUACAGACGGAGAUAUAAACAGCCUCCUGUAAAGCCCUUUGUAAUGUUUGCAAAUUCUGUGUGUAGGCAUAUGGCUUGGGCAGUAUAUGUAUUUUGUGAGUUGCUAAAGAUCACAAAGGAGUAUUAUUUAGCAUGUCUUAUUUUAUUUUAUUUUUAAAAAAUUUUAGAGUUACUCUACGUUAGUUUUGUUUUGACCAUUUUUUGCUCACAGAAAUAGGUUUUGAUGAAACUUUUACUAAAUGCUACAUUUCACUACUGUGUGCAAUACUGUAUGUCAAUGUUGGCGGUUUUCUAUGUGCAUCAAUUAAAUAUAUGAAUAAUAUUUGGAAACCCUUGGCUGAAUUCCACAGUAGUUUAUUUUUUAUUUUUUUGCUGACCCAGAAAAAAAAAAAAAAAAACGUAUCGGAACAUCAAGCAAUGGCUUGCAUAGAGUUUUCUACACUUAAAAGUGUGAUAGCCGAGCAACAGGUUGCACUUUCUGUAUUCUAGUAAAGUAAUGCAGUGCAUUCCUCUGCACAGCCAAGGAGAAGCCAACCUGAAAUCUGUCUGAGAUUAACCUGCACCCUUGCUACCUAUAGCUCUACUAAAACAUUGCAUUGUCUAUAUACUGAAUGGAUCAGUCAGUCCACCCACUAGCCCAUAACUUCUGUUUAAUCUCACAGAAAAUAGUUGUAAUGAUUGCUGUUUCCUACAUUGUUCAGCACCUUUUUUCAUGUCAGUAAAUAUAAGUAAAUCUGAUUUUAGUUAACACAUAAUACAGUUUCAAUACAGGCACAUAAGCAUGCAGUAAUACAUGUUUUUUAUGUUUGAUGCAAGUUAUAAAAAAUGUACCUUGAAGCAGAUCCUUGCAAAUUGUACUUUUUUGUUUGUUUUUGCAUAAUUCUGGGUCUUACCAAGCGUAUGAGCUUGUUCUCAUUGGGCACGGUACAUGUUACUUUAGCAUUCAAAAGUUUCCUAAUGGUUCAGAACUCUUAGUGGAAAGUCUCUUUGUGAAAUAAUAUAUCUUCUCAUUAACUUCUCUUGUCUCCCAUCUGUGAAUUUGGAAUAUCAAGAAACUAUCAACUUUGUUUCUAUAGAGGGGGUAAGGGUGUAGAUGUCCUUUGUAGAUUUGCAGUGUUCAUUUAAAAUGAACACCUCUUUCUAUUCUCCACCUGUGUCCAGAAGUGAGAAGUUGCAUCCUAAGCGCUUCUGUGGCUCUGAACAGGAUUUCAAUAUGUGAUAUGGGAUUGUGUGAUCUACAUUGGCAUGACACUAAUCAUGUGUAGGUUAUCAUGUGCUACCAAUAAUUUCUGUAGGAUUUCCUUUUCAAUGUGUACUGAUUGGGAUGUCCUUGUACAAAUAGUUAGGUCAAGCACAUACUCAUAAUGUAUUGUAACAUUGGAGCAGUCUUAUCGUUAGUUUGAGAAUGUAAAACAUGUAUUUUUUUCUUUUAAAUAUUGUAAGUGUGAAAGGAUCUCCCAGCAAAGCCCCUGCAGAAGGUCUGGCUCUAGAGAUGGCAUUUUAAGCCUUCAGUAACACACGUUACUGGAGUAGUGAAUAUGUAGAAUGCAAUCAAAAUGUGCAAAAAAAUAUUUAUUGUGCAGUAGAGUAGUGCCUGUGUUGGGUCCUUUAUUUUAUUUUUUUUUGUCUAUUUAAGGGUUAAGGCUGCAGUGUCUGUUCCCAAUGCCCAUGGCAGUACAGUUUUUUUUUUUUUUUUUUUUUAUUUAUUUAUUUUAUAAUAGUAAUGUAAAAGUGAAUUAAUUCAGUUUUGAACAUGCCUGGUAAUCUUUGUAUUUCUUAAAACUAUAUAUUUGUCCCAUCUCCCAGUAGAGAACCAUAUGUUUAUUGAAUUGCAUAAACAAGAAGGAUAUCAUGUCCUCGCUUGAUUGGUGAAGCAUUACUAUUACUAAUAGGUCACGGUAUCAAUGACUGGAUACUGGUUGUGUAGUUCUACAGGAAGCUGCUAUCAGAAUAACGGCGGUGCAGCUUUGUUUUUCAGUAGCUGUUGGAUUCUUCUGGAUUGUUCACUACUGACUGUUAACCCUUUUUAGCUGUGUAAAGCUGGCCGUUCUUUUGAGUUUUUGACCUUGUAUUCUGUAUUGUUAUUAAGGGUUUAUUGUCCCAAUACAGAUUUGUUCCUAAUUGGCUUUUGUUUGUUCUGUGACUUUAUGUGAUAACGUCUCAGCAUUUGCCCAUAAAAAAGCAAAUCUUUUUUUUUUUUUUAACCCCUACUCUGGUCUAAGCUAUACACUAUGUUACGGUAUUGCUUUGUCGGUAAGUUAAUUAGUGUACAGUUAUAUAUAUAAAAUGUAAUUAUUGUAUAUAACAUUAAUAUUGUGAUGUCUUCAUUUGUGUAAAAGCGAGGUUUCACAAUACAGACAUCUGAAUAAGCUAUAUUAGAAAAAAAAUGAUAAAGAUAUUUGAAAGACAGCUAUGUAGAAAAUGAGUAGUACGUCAAGUCAUGAUAUUAAUAUGUUGUUAAUAUAAGACUGGCUUCGACAUGGAAGUGCUGCCAACAUUGUAGCAGUUGAGCAGUGUGAUGGCUAUGUUCACCCUCAGUAUUAGAAUGCAGUGCUAAUUGUAUGCGGAACCUGUUUUGUUAAUUUCUAUAUAAUCUCAUGCCAGAUACUGAAAUCAUUUAAGUAAAUAGAAGGAGCAUUUAAUUAAAUUACCUAUUUCUUAUGUGAUCUCAAGCACAGAUGUUGCUCUGUCUGGCAGCUCAUAGUAGGAUUCUUAGCUGUUAUCUGGAGGCCUGCAGAAUGAAGUCUAUGUACUCAAACCUGCCCAGCCUCCACACAGUGCAGCACAGCGCAGAGCUCUCCUGCCUCCACACAGUGCAGCACAGCGCAGAGCUCUCCUGCCUCCGCACCGUGCAGCACAGCGCAGAGCUCUCCUGCCUCCGCACCGUGCAGCACAGCGCAGAGCUCUCCUGCCGCCGCACCGUGCAGCACAGCGCAGAGCUCUCCUGCCUCCGCACAGUGCAGCACAGCGCAGAGCUCUCCUGCCUCCGCACAGUGCAGCACAGCGCAGAGCUCUCCUGCCUCCGCACAGUGCAGCACAGCGCAGAGCUCUCCUGCCUCCGCACAGUGCAGCACAGCGCAGAGCUCUCCUGCCUCUGCACAGCGCAGAGCUCUCCUGCCUCCGCACAGUGCAGCACAGCGCAGAGCUCUCCAGCCUCCGCACAGUGCAGCACAGCGCAGAGCUCUCCUGCCUCCGCACAGUGCAGCACAGCACAGAGCUCUCCUGCCUCCGCACAGUGCAGCAUAGCGCUCUCCUGCAGCUGCGAGACCCUUCUGGAGGGAGCUCUUUUAAAGCAGACCCAAGGCAAACCUUGUUCUGUUCUGGUAUUGCAGGCUCCAGAAUCACCACUGCACCCUUAGCCGUGUGCUAUCAUUUUGUUUAAUUGCAAAUUCACACAAUGCAGUUUGUCUAUUGGUUUUGGCAAGCCCGCUUUUGUUUAUUUUUUUAUUCUUACACAGUAUUUGAAUAACUGAUAUACUGUUAACAGAUGCCAAGCACUGAAGAGCUAGGUUUGGCCCGGAUCUUGCAUAAAGAAAUGUGUAGAGCUUACUUUUU